AAAAGGGUUUGAUCACAACAGACACUCCAAGAACUUCUCCUAUUCAACUGAAAACCAUUGUAUGGAUCCCAUUUUUUCUCUCAUUCAUUAAUUUUAAUCCAAAUUUGGUUGUUUUUGUUUAGCUUAUUGCAUCCUUCUUCUUCUUAAUGUUCUUCAUUGCCCUCCAUUGGAAGUGGCUUCCCCAUAGAUAAGGAGGAAGCAAUAACUUCUCUUCUUCCUCCUCCUCCUUUUCACCUCAACCAUGGCUUUCCCUUUUCUUUUUCUCAUUGUCCUCUCCGUCCCCAUCUCCGUCCACUCGAAACUCACCCUCGGUUAUUACCAAAAAACAUGUCCCAACUUCGAGAAGAUCAUCCGCGAGACCGUCACCAAUAAACAAAUCAAUAGUCCAGUUACCGCCGCAGGAACCCUACGACUCUUCUUCCACGACUGCAUGGUCGAUGGUUGCGAUGCCUCCGUCCUCAUUUCCUCCAAUACCUUCAACAAAGCCGAACGUGAGGCCGAUAUCAACCAUUCCCUCUCUGGGGAUGCCUUUGAUGUCAUCAUUCAUGCCAAAACUAACCUCGAACUCGUCUGUCCUGGAAUUGUAUCUUGUUCUGAUAUCUUAGCUCAGGCGACUCGGGAUUUGGUGGUGAUGGUCGGAGGUCCGUUCUACAACGUUCGAUUAGGGAGAAAAGAUGGGAUGAUAUCAAAAUUAGAGAAUGUGGAAGGGAACCUCCCAUUAGUGAGCGAUUCAGUGGACCAACUCAUUGAUAUGUUCGCCGGAAAAGGGUUCACGACCAAAGAAUUGGUGGCACUUUCCGGCGGCCAUACCAUCGGAUUCUCCCACUGCAAGGAGUUUGCCGGCCGCCUCUUCAAUUUCAGCGCCACCGCACCAACUGACCCAGACAUUUACCCAAAAUUCGCGGAGAAACUCAAGGUCAUGUGCGGUAAUUUUCAAAAGGACUCCGACAUGUCAGCAUUCAACGACGUAAUGACACCUGGCAAAUUUGACAACAUGUACUAUCAGAAUCUGCCACGUGGACUUGGAUUAUUGGCUACUGACAAUGCGCUAGGUAAGGAUCCGAGGACCAAGCCGUUUGUGGAUAUGUACGCCGUGAACCAAACGGCGUUUUUUAACGACUUCGCUCACGCUAUGGAGAAACUCAGUGUUCACGGCGUUAAGACGGGAAGGAAAGGGGAAGUUCGGCGAAGGUGUGAUCUGUUCAAUUCUAUUAAGACAUAA